AUGAAUGAGGAUAUCGAAACGCAAAGUGCACCGACGACACCAGUUGCUUCACGAUUCGACAACAAUAAUAAUGAUGAAUCUGGUGGAACAGCCGUUUCAACAGCAACAGCAACUCCCCAACGUCUCGACACAAAUGUACGACAUUUUGUACCCCAGCAAAUACGUGCUAUCGAUAGCCUUUACAGAGGACUUUUCGCAUGUUUCAAACCGAUGUGGACAUAUUUUGGACGUUCAACCGAAUCCUUGUCAAGUGGAAUGACAAAUUCAACGCUGACGUAUUCAGACGAUGAAUGGGAGAUUCCAUUCGAAUCAAUAACGAAUCUUGAAUGGCUUGGCUCAGGUUCACAGGGUGCAGUAUUCAUGGGCAAACUUAAUGGAAAGGUGGUUGCAGUUAAGAAGGUGAAGGACAAAGAAGAAACCGACAUCAGACAUUUACAGCAUCUCAACCAUCAGAAUGUUAUUAAGUUUCAAGGAGUUUGUACGCAAUCGCCAUGCUAUUGUGUUGUUAUGGAAUACUGUGGUCAAGGCCAGUUAUACGAGGUUAUCAAAAGUGGUAGGCAAAUAACAAAGGAUCAGUUUGCUGAAUGGGCAAGACAAAUUGCGGAUGGUAUGAACUAUUUACAUCACAAAAAUAUUAUACAUCGUGAUCUCAAAUCACCAAAUAUUUUGGUGGACGAUAAUGAUAUUCUGAAGAUAUGCGACUUUGGCACGUCACAUCAAUGGGAUAAACAAAAAAGCACGGUAAUGUCAUUCUGUGGAACUCCAGCGUGGAUGGCACCCGAGAUUAUUAAGAAGGAGCCGAGCUCGAAUAAGGUCGACAUUUGGAGCUUUGGUGUUGUUUUAUGGGAGUUAUUGACUCAAGAGGCUCCUUACAAGGACGUUGAUUCAAUGGCAAUCAUAUGGGGCGUUGGCUCGAACAAUCUUAGUCUUCCAAUCCCUAAUACUGCCCCUGAUGGUAUGAAAUUGUUAUUGAAGCAAUGUUGGAGUAUUAAGCCGAGGAAUCGACCGUCGUUUAUGCAUAUUUUAACACAUAUUGCUGUUUUUAAGUCGGAAAUAGCUGACAUAAGUGACGAGGAGUGGACACGGCGACAAGCGACAUGGAAGUCGUACGUAGUUGAGUAUAUGGAAGGAAUACGACAGGAAAAACCAAUGGGGCAACCAUAUAAAGAUGCAUUAAAUGAACGAGAAUUGUUACGAAAACGUCGUGAAGAACUGAAACAUGCACAGGAUAUUCGGGAAAUGUAUGAAGAUAAAAUGAGGCGUGCGAGCAAGAUGUAUUCCAAACUAACCUUCUGCCUUAAUGAACUCAAUGAACGAGAACAAGAUUUGCAUGAACGUGAGCUACAAUUGCAAGAGCGUGAGCGUGCCUGUAUGGCACAUUUACACGGUACAACGUCUAGUGUUGCGUCAGUGAAGGUGCUUACGGGUAACACCAAAAUACAAAAGAAUAUGGCUGUGCGCGCAGGUCCUGAGCUUAUCAACGGAUGCCUUGUUUAUCCGUACGUCACAAAUCGCGCCACGCUUUGCUAUCAAGAGCCAGAAGAUAUGUCUUCGUCAGAAGACGAUUGUCGUAUGGAUACCGUCCACAGAACUUCACCUGCUAGAUCAAGCGGUUUUCCAUCAUCACAGUCUGUGACCAAUAUGUUCAGUCGGCAGAGUUCAGGCCGAAGUUCUUCAGGUCAAACUCGUCGUUCAACGAGAGCCUCACCUGCUCGAUUGGCAGCUUCAAGUUCAGAACGCAAUUUUUCACGUGAUUCGUCCGCGCGAUAUUCAAGUAGCUCAUACAAUUUUCCAUCCGAUUUGCUCCGUGGUUCUCCAGCUCGUAAUUCUGGCUAUUCGGAGGUGUCAAAUGAUUCUGGAUUUCAUAAUCUAUGUGACGUUGAUUUUGCUCCAAAUGCAUCGAUGGGAUGUGUACAAUAUGAAUGUAGCCAUUGUAGACAGUCGAUUUGUCCAACGAAUUUGUAUCGCAACGCAGAAGGACGCUGGUCUGACGGUCGUUUAGCGGCUACGCAACGAAGGAAAAAUCGAAAAAGUUCGAUUGUUUCCUAUCGCGACUCUUCGCAACGAGCAACGCCUGUUCGCUGCAAGGACAAACGUUCAUCGUUUCCACGUUCUCGACAUUCGGCUGUUGAUACAGAUGCAUCCAAUAAUUGUUAUCCAGAUAUGGCUUUUGCACCACAGCCUUCCGAUACUGAUAUGGAUAAUGCAAAUCGAAAUAGCCAGAAUCUCGUUAAUGCAGAUUCUCUCAUGCCUUCCACAUUCGAAUCGAACCCACCAUCGCUGCGUCAAUCGCCCAGUUAUCAAGAAGCAUUAAGACACGAGCCAUCGUUGAUGAUUAAAACUCAAGCUGUGUUUCCACAGCCAGAAUCUGAAUUGAUGCACCAUAAUGAUUCUCCACAAGACCAGGAUAACUCGGUCAAAAUCGCAUCUGAUGCUUCGGGUGAAGAAAGUUCUGAGGAAAAAGAUCCCGAUAAUGGGAAUAUAUUUGAUUCAUCACUUGAUUCGCCAAGGGCCAACUUUGCUUUCCGACGAUUCAAAAAUGUACAAACCAGUGGUGAAGAUAGCGAGAGAUCGAAUCGUUUAUUGAUAACAUCUUCGUCAACAAUGGAGUCUUCAUUAGAAAGAAGUCUCGAAAUGGCGGCUAUUCAUUCGGAUGGCCUUUCGGACAAAGAACGUCAAGUGCGUGCUGUUAAAAACUCAAUCAAAACGCAUCGUCGAACUGCUAGUAAUCCUUUGUCGAUUCCAUCGGUGGUGUGCGAAACAAGUACAGAAAGUGAAGGCGAAGCUGUUUAUUGCUAA